UCAUUGCCCCAGCUCUGUCUCCAGGAUUGAGAACGACCAUUGCUGUCGUGUUUAAGUUUUGGAGUCACGCCUUCUUCUUUUUCUCGUCAAUUGUCAUAUCAUUCCCCCCUUCACAGACAAGAUGCUUUCAGGAUCUAGAACUGCUUUGAGAGCUUCUGCUCAAGCCUCCAAGCUUCGUCUGCAGCUGCAGUCCAGCAUCAGAGCCGCAUCGGCCUGGUCGCAAGUGCCCCAAGGUCCUCCCGUUAGUAUCACAACAGCCUGGGUCGACGAAGAUGACACUUACUAAUGUAUCCAUAGGAUGCCAUUCUUGGUAUCACCGAGGCCUUCAAGGCUGACAGCCACCCCGAGAAGAUCAACCUCG